CGGCCCCCUUCUCCCCAGGUGAACUUCGUGGCCUGCCAGCUCUUCGCCCUGCUCGCCGCUCUCUGGUUUCGCCUCUACCUGCAUCCUGCUAAGAGCAGCCCCGCCGUCCGGCAUGCCUUCGCCACCAUUUUGGGCACUUACUUCGUCAUCUUUUGCUUUGGCUGGUACUCCGUCCAUCUUUUUGUGCUGGUGUUAAUGUGUUAUGGAAUCCUGGUCACCGCAAGUGUAUCCAGUAUACACAGAUACACUUUUUUUGUGGCGAUGGGAUACCUUACGAUAUGUCACAUCAGCCGAAUAUACAUCUUUCACUAUGGAGUGCUCACGACAGAUUUUUCGGGGCCCCUGAUGAUCAUCACUCAGAAGAUCACAACCCUGGCUUUCCAAGUCCACGACGGAUUAGGUCGAAGAGCUGAAGACCUUUCUGCUGAGCAACAUCGACUAGCAAUAAAAGUGAAGCCCUCUUUUUUGGAGUACUUAAGUUACCUUCUCAAUUUCAUGAGCGUCAUCGCUGGCCCUUGCAAUCAUUUCAAGGACUAUGUGGCAUUCAUCGAAGGGAGACAUACCCACAUGAAGCUGCUGGAAGUGAACGGGAAGCACAAAGAUUUCCACAGCUUGCCAGAGCCUUCUCCAACUGGAGCUGUGAUGCGCAAGUUGUGUGUCACGCUGGUGUCUCUCCUUCUGUUCCUGACGCUCACCAAGACCUUCCCGGUCACCUGCCUGGCCGAGGACUGGUUUGUCCAGAAGGCAGACUUCCCGACGCGUCUCUGCUACCUGUAUGUCGUCAUGCAAGCCUCAAAGCCCAAGUAUUAUUUCGCGUGGACGUUGGCUGAUGCGGUGAACAACGCGGCCGGCUUUGGGUUCAGUGGCGUGGAUAAGGACGGCAGGUGCUGCUGGGAUCUGCUGUCCAACCUGAACAUCUGGAAAAUAGAGACUGCCACGAGUUUCAGAAUGUACUUGGAGAACUGGAACAUCCAGACGGCUGCGUGGCUGAAGUGGAAGGCCACCCUGGUAUUUUCAGGGGAAGGAGAACUCUGGAGGUUGGUGAUUUUCGGCAGCCCGUGUUCUGUCUCUCACCCGCCCCCUGCCCUGCUUGACUUGCAGGUGAGGAACAACUGCAGACAUCACUUCCUUUCUUCCAAAGCUCUCAAGUGUGCGUAUGACCUGGUGACCUGGGCUGUCACUCAGCUGGCCGUCUCCUACACGGUGGCGCCGUUCGUCAUGCUGGCCGCGGAGCCUGCCCUCAGCUUGUACAGGUCCAUGUACUUUUACUUACACAUCAUAAGUCUCCUGAUCAUACUUUUUCUGCCAAUCAAACCACAAGCUCAUCUUCAAAGGCAGCCUCAGACCGCAAAUUCUGUUAAUAAGAAGAAAACAGACUGAUACCUCCAAGAAAGCCGAACAAGUAAAAUUGCAAGACACUGGAGAGACCAGGAAAGGGCUCGAAGGCUCUCCAGUGACUUAGAGGCCAUGUUUACAUGCUUUUUGUUUGUUUGUUUGUUUUAACUGCAGGGAGUAUUUUUAUGAAGCCUUUUGGUACAGUUACAUUGGCCAUGUGCAGUCUAUUUGUUUUAACAGUUUCUAGGACCUGUCAGUGGCUGGAGGUGGGGACACAGUCCGCCUGGGCUGCCGGGUCUUGGCCUUACUGACGGGUUUUCAUCCGCUGGACUCUGGGUGCCGCAGGCUGGGCAUUGGCUCCGGAAGUUAGAAGGUGAUUGCUGAGACGUGUCACAGACCUGGCGGUUCCUCGAAAGCUCCAACCCCUUUGAUGUGUGACCUUAUUGGUUUGUGGGUACGGUGACUGCACUCAGAAGGCCCUGGAGGAGGGGGAUCAUGGAGGACUGCCCCUGAAAACUUGAAUGAACUCAUGUGCCCUCAGAGAGGCUGCAUUUCCCCCAGGAAUGUAACCCUUUCCCUGCGUUUUUUCUGAACUGAGCCAAGAUAGGAAAUGAGUACCUCUCCCAUGAGUGCCCAGAGCCGCAGAGGGGGCUGCCAUUUCCGUUUCCCAGGCACCGGCUUCAAGAUGGCCCCAGGAGACACCGAGACCCCCGUCCCAGGCAGCAGAAUGCCCUCUGAAGCAAUAAUCCCUUUAAAACAAAACUGAAAGUCACAUAGAAGUUUGGUAAGAAGCAGAAGAUGAUUCCCUCGCUCCCCUCUUUUCAUGGAGGUGUUAAUGAUGGUGGCCGCAACGUACACACAGGCUGAUUUUCCAUUUUUCCAUUUUGGUAGCUGAUUAAAUCCAGCUUUGUUGAAGUUGACUUAUCAUAUAUUGGAAAGCAGAAAUUUAAAGUCAGUUUUCUUUUCUAUCUUUGUUAUGAAUGUACCGUGGCUCCUUUUGGGGACUACUAUUGGGUGGUGUUCUCUGUGGGAGAAGAAAACAUGCUAUUAGAUAUUGUGGAAAAUAAUGAAGAUAAUGAUGAAAUAUAUGCUGCAAUGAUGUGCCUUCAAUCAAACAGCUUGGGGGGAGAAAAUUUGUUCCAAUGAGAUGGUAAAAGUUAGUUUCUCACUGAAUAAAUACUAUGUUUCUGUAUAAAGAAAAUGUU